GUAGAAUCUGCUGCAGGAUAGACACAACAAAACCGCCAAAUAUUGUAGCUCAGCACCGCGGUGGACUCUUAGCUCGGUUCAGUUCUCAAAGACCUACGCGUGUGAGCGGUAACGAAUCAGCUAUUGCUCUCGGAUCCGAUGCAACGGUCGCGACUACGGACGGGGACGUGGGAAAGUUUAUUGGUCAGCUUUACUGUGCGCUGGAACCGGACUUGAAGUGGCCGUAAUCCGUGCUUUGAAACAGCCGCGUAGUUUUGUUGUAACCGAAGUAAACAAAACAAGCUUUCAGUGUCGAAUAUAAAUAUUUCCAUUUUUGUUUUCAUUUACGCAUUUGAUAAGCGAGUUCAAAACAUAAGCCAGAUCAAUCUCUACUCGACCAAGUGAAUCGCCGUUUACGAAUCAAACCGAACACCGUGUAGUUAUUAGUAAGUUAAGUUUAACCUCAAAGUGAAGUUGGUGUUCAGGAAUAUUCAGUUUCUUCCUAUCUCAGUUUGAACAUGGAGCAGAAAGUGAAAACCAAGGAUGGGCGCAUCGUGACGACCUACCAAUUCCCGGUACGACCCGAAAAGAAAAGCUUUUCCCAAAUGAUGUACGACAAGGAAACUGGGAAAAUUAUGGGCAGAACUAGUGAAAAUUGGGGUCGCCUGUUGCUGUUUUACAUAAUCUUUUACGCGGUACUGGCGGCGCUGAUAGCUGUCUGUAUGCAAGGGCUGCUGAUGACUUUGAACAAAGAAUACCCCAAAUGGCAGCUGGAUGAAUCACUGAUAGGAACCAAUCCUGGCAUUAGUUAUAGACCCAUUCCUAGAGAUGAAAACGCCGAACAAACAAUAAAAUAUUCAGCCGCCAAUCGAACGGACGUAAAAAUUUGGGUUGAUCUGCUAAAUGACUUCCUGUUGCCUUACAGGGAUCAAGAUGCUCUUCCAGGCGGUGGUAAAAAUCAGGUCAUAUGUGAUUUCAACACUCCACCAACUGGUGGAAACGUGUGUGCGUUUGACGUAACCAAACUCGGACCUUGUACAGCCGAAGAGGGAUACAGUUAUAACAAAUCCGCCCCGUGCAUAUUCGUUAAAUUGAAUAAAAUCUACGGUUGGAUUCCCGAACCCUACGACAAUGUGAAUGAACUACCUCACGACAUGCCCACCGACCUGGUCGACCACAUCAAAUCACUACCCGAAAAUGAACGUAAACAAGUUUGGAUAUCUUGCAAUGGUUUGAACUUAGCCGACAGCGAGGCAAUAGGUCCUCUCGAAUACUACCCGAACCGUGGCUUCGCUUCCUACUAUUACCCUUAUAUGAAUAAGGCCGAAUACCUCAAUCCCCUGGUAGCAGUCCAUUUAGCUCGUCCAACAGUGAAACGCAACAUCAACAUCGAAUGCCGCGCGUGGGCCAAAAAUGUAAUCUACCGCGGAGGACAUCUCGACCGACAAGGAUCGAUACUACUGUCGUUGCUGAUCGAGUAGAAUAAUUUAGAAUAACUAAUUUUAUUCUAAUAUUUGCUGGGCUGAGUGACGCGAUAAAAAAAGUGAACUGAACUGUUUUAAGGUGCGCCACACGAUACUUGAAUGCUUUCGGCUUGUUGGUUGUACUUGUUUUUUUCAUAAUUAUAGUUGUUAUUGUUUUCUACCUUUCUUAUUUUUUGCUUUCAAAUAGUUCUUUGGGUCACGUUUAUGAUGGCUCGUUCGGGUUAUUGUUUAUAACUUAUUGUGAUUACCCCUAGAACCAGAAUUGUCAAGCAUCUCAGAGCCAUACAACUGAAAAAUUGCGAAUCGAAAUUAGAGGAUUCCGAUGAAAUUGUUUACUUAACUGAAAUGUGAUUAGAGUUAUAUUAGAACAGCUAAUAAAGUUAUAGAACAUGAA